CAAUUCUCUAUUCUUAUUCUAAUCACAUAGACAAUGAAUUAUACAUAAAUUAUCUAUGAUUCUACGCAUUUCUAUACUAAUGAUAAAAGAUGUAAGAGUCAUACUCGCUGAUAAUGGAGUAUUGGCAUCACAAUUCAUUCCAAAAAAGCAAAUUAAUAAUUUUUAGUCUACAUAAACGUAGUUCUGUUUUUGUUUUCUCUCUGUAAACAUUUAAAAUACAUUAUGGUUAUAUAUUUGUGUAGAACAUAAUGUUAUAAUUCCAACUGGAUUAAAUUUAAUAGCAUAAUGUACAGCUUUGAAGGAGAUUUUCGUAGACGACCAGAACAAAAUUAUGCUGGAGCUAGUGUACACGAACCAGUCAAUAAUCUAAUACAAAGAGCUCGGUACGAUCGGGAAAAGAGAGAAGUAUGUAUUGAAAAUAAAUUAGUAAUUACCUGCAUCAAUAUAAUAUCUUGAAAUCAUAUUUAAAGGAAGCACGACGAGAGCAACGACAAGUUAUUCGAGUACAAUCAUGUGUUCGAAGUUUUGUAACUAGAAGAAGAAUAAAACAACAAUUUCGGACUUUUUUUGACAAUAUUGUGUCCAAUCUUAAGGAUAAACCACCGGCCGAUGAUGUAUUAUCAAGCCUUGUGAAACAUUUAAUAUUCUUUUACAAUAAAGAAUCUGAUUUUCGAAGACUGGUAAUAGCUAAUUAAUGUACCUAAAUAAUAAUUUUUUUUUAAUAACACCCAAGUUAUAAUCAAUUGAUUUUGUUGUGUAUUCGUUAAUUUCUCUUUUUAUAUAGUUUUUAAAACUGUUAAUUUUUUUAUAACUCAUAGGGGUGGCUUUCAAAGCAUAUAUUGCGAAAUAGUGCCAAAUUAUUAAAAUUAAGUUUGGAUAAGAAUGCUCCAUGGUAUUGGCAUUUAAAAUGGAUUCUUUCAUUCAAUAUCGACUUAUUAAAUUCUUCAUAUUGGGAAUCAUUUGCAACAUCUUUAAGAAUCAUCGAGGAAUUAACUUUAGUAGAUUCUUAUAAUACAAUUCUUGGUCCAGAUAAUGCAGUACUUGCAUUGCAGGAUGUAAGUAUAUGAAACACAGCAUAGACUGUGAUAUAAACAUAUUGUUAUAUUAUUAUAUUUACACAUCUCAUUAAUUUAUUUAUAUUACAGUUGUUCCAAUACCUUGUGAAAAAAUGUUAUUUUGAUAGUUUACGUAACAUUUUAGAUACCAAAAUUCCAGAGGUAUUUGAUGAUACGUGUACAGUAGUUCCACCCUUAGCCAAAAGUAUAUUAGAAUUUGUAAGAAGGCCAUUUUCAGUAAAAUCUCGUACAUUUUUAGAUGAAUACACGUAAGAAAUUAUUAUUUAUAUGAAUUGAGUGAAGUUUUUAUGGUCAAAAAAUAAACUAUAAUUUAUAGUAGUAUAUAGUGCAUUCAAUUGUUAUUUAUUUUAUGGUUCAGUCUGCAAUGAAGUAUAAAUUAUUCAAUUACUAUUAUUUAACAUGUUCACUGCGGAUCAUUUUUGUUUACUUAUACUCUGAUGUUUGUCAAAAUUACAUAUUUUUUUUUAUUCGUAUUCCCCGUUCAAGUCUUAUCAUCAACCUAAAAAAACGAGGUGCAAAUUACACAAAUUUAUACACUAAAUAACACUAACUAAAGACAAAACAAUUAAAAUGAAAUGCUGGCCAAAUUAAAAUCAAUUAGAAUAAAAAUAAUAGUAUAAAUGACACCCAUGGGAAAUUAAUGAAAUGACACCUUAAGACGUCAUUCACUGUGAAUUUUUAAAGCUUUAAAUAUAUUGUCCAUUUAUAAAUCAUUGAUUUGUAUUAUUUUUUCAGUUCAAUAAUUAUGGACAACUUUGUACGGACUUUUUUGAAGGGACCAAUAACUGAUAUUAAUCGCAGAUUUCUUCUACCAACUUUAUCAUCGGAUCAACAAAAUAUUAAUUAUGUCGGACCGGAUUUCAGGCAAUUAGUUAUUUCAUUGUCACAUUCUUCAGUUCAGUUUCAACCUAAUAUAAAUUUAUUUUAUUCUUUAUUAAUCCUUGAACCCACUUUUGAACAAUAUUCAUUUGGUAAAUUUUACAUUAUUAUAUUCAUUAAAUAAGUCAAUCAAAUAUAUUUUAUGAAUUUAUAAAUUAUUAUUUUUAAAUUAUUUAAGUGAUUAAAUGCCAUGAAACUGGACGAGAAGUCAAUGCAAUCAAUGAUUAUUUGGAUAUUUUAUCAAUGUUAACAAGUAUUUUAGUGGAACCACAAGUAGUUAAAUAUCUUAAUAAAACAUGGAAGUAUGGAAGUGAAAAUUAUGAUUCAGACAGUGAAUCUGACGAGGAAGAAGAUAAAGAUAGAAAACUAAUUGGUGGUUAUUCAGACGAUGAACUUGAGGCAAUAAUACUUAUUAAAUUAAAAAAAAAAAAAAAAAAUACUUAUAUUAAAUUUUUUAUUAGACAGAUUUUGAAAUUAUGUUCAGAGCGUUUAGGCGAAUCAUUUAGGGUACAUAGAAUAAUAAGUUCCGUUGAAGAAUCUUGUACUACUGAAUCCAUUAAUUUUUUACUUGUACCUGUUUGCAAAUUAUGUCAUUAUUUGCUCAUGUCUCAUAAAUUAGCUGUACAUAAAUACAGGUAUUUAUAACAAAACUGUAUUUACAAAUAACAAAAUAUAUUCUGAAUGGAGCAGAUAGUCAUUUUUUUUAUAUUAGUGUUUAACUUUCUUUCUGGGAAAUAACUAAAAAUUUAAUAUAGCUCCUGGAUGACCUAGAUUGAUUGAGAUUUAGAUACAGAUUAAUUAAAAUUGUGAUUAAUUAUAUAUUUCGUUAUUUGUCUUUAUUUUAUUAGAUUCUAACCAGUAACCAGUAUCUAGGAACUUGUUACACUAAUCAUUUUAAUCUGUAUUAUAUUUUUAUUUUAUUUUUUAGACUUUUAUAUACAUUAGCACUGAAGGCUGAAGUUUUACAACAUCUAUGGAAAACUAUAUUAAAAACAGAACAGCAAUCAUUGUUUGGUCCUAGUCUAGUUACUACAAGCUUAGUAACAGUAAUAUCUAGAGGAGGGACUUUAGCCCCAAGUGAUUUUGAUCGUAUAGUACCAUUGUUGGCAACAUUUUGUUCUUUAUUUAGUUUAUUAAUAUCAACUUUACAUGACGCAGAAUUUAAUAAAGCUGUUGGAAAUAAUAUUGGUAAAUAUGAAAAUUGAUUAUUUAUGUAAAGUUUAAAAUUACAAUUAAUCCAUAAUAAAAAAAUUUGAUGGAAAUUAAAUUAAAAUGUGCCAAUAAGAAAAAUAAUUUUUCUAUUAAACAUAUUUUUACAGUUUUACCCUAUUUGUAACUAUUACUUUAUAAUUAUAAAUUUAAUUUGAUUAAAAUAAUCAGUAAAAGUUUGUUUUGCAGUUUCAAUCAUAAUAUUGAAGCAGUCUAUUAGAUUAACUCACUUUUCACUAUAUUUAUUACCACAAUAUUUUCAUUUUAUUUAAAUUAAUGUUUUAUUUGAAAAGAAACUCAUUGCAAAUAAAAUUGAAAUUGAAUUUUUAAAUUUUUUUUUCAUUAUUUCUAUUAGUUUUGGUGAUUUAUUUUUAUGUUCCUAAUUAUAUUUAAGUAUCUUAAGUAUUUAAUGUUUAUAUUUGUAUUUUAUAUUUUGUACCUACUUUUGAUUUAUUUAUUAAAUGGUGUAUGCGCUAUAUUAAUUAUAUAUUAUUUGCAAUAAUAAUGAUAAACCGUCUCAUUUAUAUUAAAAAUUUAAUUUAGUUUAAGCUCUACCAAUUUCAGUAAUGAAAUUUAUUUUAAGACAUUGUAGAAAAUCAUAGUUUUACUUUGGAAUAUUUACAUUGUAAAAAUAUAUUUUUUAUAUAUAUAUUAUACGGACAAAAGCCGUGAAAUCGGGCGAAUUUAAGAAAUGCUCAGGCAAAACUCAAAGUGUCUAUGACACUUGGGCAAGAUAUAUUUCGGCUUUUGCCUGGACAAACAUAGUAUUGAACAAAUCUGUACUGUAAAUUUCAAUUUUUCACAGUAGGUAGGUACCGUUUUAAUAAUAUUACAAUACUUGUUCUCCUUAUUAGGAAAUUGAUCCUCGCACGGAAAUAUGUGGUUUUGUCAUAUAGUGACAAUAUAAGAUAAACAUUUGGGUAAUAUCGUAGCUAGUUUUAUAGAUUUAUAAGAUUAUAAUAUUUUUUAGUAUAUUUAUAUAUUUAUGGACGUUACAGAUUUGCUCGAAUGAGGUUCGUCACAGCUAGGUUUGUCUGGACAAAAGCCAAAAUAUGACAUUUUGCUCUUGUAUCACAGACACUUCUCAUUUUGCCAGAGCAUUUUUGGGAUUUGUCCGAUUUCGGUUUUUUAUUAUGUCUAUACGUGAUUUUUUUAAAAAUCUUGUGUAUUUUCAUUUCAACAUUCCUAUAUUUAUGUCAUCACGUGAUUGUGUGAUUAGAAUAAUAAUAAUAUUUUAAAUUGUAUACUUUUAUGAUUAUUAAUUAUUUAUGUUUCAACAAUAAGAAAUUUAUAUGAAGUUUUUAAAUGGCGUAUAUCUAGUAUUUACUAUACAACUGUUGUAUGAAUUAAAAUUGAAACUAAAUUAUCAGUUGCUAACACAUGUCAUUUAAAAUAUAUUCUUAUAAUAUUAAAAAAUAUUUUUUUAAAUUACCUAUAUCUUUAUUUUUAGAACAAAGUACAAACAAUCCAUUGAAGUUUACAGCAACAGAUCUUAUAUCAAUUACAUCUAUUUUGAAAGAUGUAGCAUUGGGGCUAAUCGAAUUGGCAUAUCCAGAUUCAAGACCUAUGAUAUUUCCUUACAACAGUAACAUAAAUCAUAGUAAUCAAACUGUAAUCUGGUCUCAUUUAUUACGAGUAAUAUUUCUGUUUUUUAUUUUAGAAGUUAAAUCUUUUUGUUAAAAAAAAUAUUACGAACAUCUAUUAUAAAAUAUUACAGGUUACAGUUAAUUUACUACGGCAACUUCAUUCUAGAGAUUUGCGUUGUAAAUUUUGUCCUGAAGGACAUUGGGUGUCAAAUCGUUUUUCUAUGAAUUCUACAUUUGACAAGCCUUCAGAUAUGCAUUUUGUGCAGUAUACACGAAGAUCUAGAAUAAAUUAUAGACCAUUCAGAGGUAUUCCCGUGAUAUCAAUGGACAACUUAGGUAUUUUUUUUUUUAUGUUUCUUUUAAGAACACGAUUGCAAACAUAAUUUUAUUUUAGAUGAAGGUCCUCCUUUAACCACUCGCCAAGUUCGUAUUUUGACUGUUUUGAAAGAAAUACCAUUUGUUUUACCAUUUGAAGAACGAGUUGUAGUGUUUCAAGGUUUAUUAUUCAACAACAAAAUAGAACAUCAAAAUACUGAUUCUCUUUUUUUGGUUGGAUCAAAUAUACAUAUUUCUAUUCGACGCAAUUAUUUAUAUGAAGAUGCGUUUGAAAAAUUAUCAAUUGAAAAUGGUAAAUAGACUGUUAUUUUUUCAUUUCAUUUUUUUAAAUGUUACAUGUUUAAUUUAUUCGUACAAUUUAUAGAACCUGAAAUACGACAAACAUUAAGAAUACAUAUGAAAAGUGCUGCUGGAUUAGAUGAAGCUGGUGUAGAUGGCGGAGGCUUAUUACGAGAAUUUCUAUCUGAACUUCUUAAAACAGCAUUUGAUCCCAAUCGUGGAUAUUUUAGUAUGACAAAUGAUAAUAUGCUUUACCCUAAUCCGUAUGUUCAAUUCGUUCAACAUAAUUUUGCUGCACAUUAUUUUUUUAUUGGUAGAAUGCUUGGAAAAGUAAUUAAAGUUUAAUUAUCAUUCAUUUAACUGAUUGUGCUUUUUUCAUAUUAUUUAAAUAAUAAUAAAUUAUAAUUUUAGGCUCUCUAUGAAAAUUUAUUGGUCGAGCUCCCUUUAGCAGAAUUUUUUUUAUCAAAAAUCUUUGGACGACAAACAGAAGUAGAUGUUCAUCAUUUAGCAUCAUUAGAUCCUCUCAUGUAUAGGAAUUUAUUAUCAUUGAAAAAUUAUGAUGGAGAUGUUGUGGAUCUUGGCUUAGAUUUCACAAUAGUUAUCAAUGAAUUCGGACAAACUCGUGUGGAAGAAUUAAAACCCAAUGGUGCCAACAUUACUGUUACAAACCAAAAUCGAAUAGAGUAUAUUCAUUUGAUGGCUGAUUACAAGCUCAACACACAAAUUAGAAAACAAUGUUAUUUCUUCAAAGAAGUAAGUAUCAAAAUAAAUUAUAAAUAUGUGGAGUGGCAUAGAUACUGUAGGCAAGGUGAGCAAACACCAUGUGCCUACAUCUAAUGAGGGCCCUACCAAACUAGGGCCCAAGACAUUAUUGGACAGGUGAGGCCCUUUUGAAAUGACUUUUUACUUAUUACCCUUAUUUAGGGACUUUUAUAUAAUAUUUUGCCAUGACCCAUGGGCAUUAGAAAUUCCUGUUACGCCACUGAUCAUGUGUAUGAUUUACAUUUGUGAUCACUAGAUUUAAAAUUUUAAUGUAAAAAUACACCCUUUUUAUUAAUUAUUAUUGAACUAAGAUAAUAGAAGGGAAAUUAUACAUGUAAUUUCAGUGAUUUACAUCAAAAAAUUAUUUAAUAAAUUGGUUUUUUUUUUGUAAAAAAUUUACAUAUUUUGUAAUAUUUUCAUUUUAGUUACAUAUUUAAGGAAAUUUUUAAAUUACUGAUAUAUGUAUUUAGUUUUGAAAACAUCAUUGACUAAUACUAAAUUUAAUUGUUGUCUCUUAUUAAAAUAAUAAUUGUCUUUUGGUCAUAUCAUAAUUUUAAUAUGACAAUGGUAUAGUAAGUUAUUGUAAUUUGUAUACUAUUAAUGGUUUUUCAUAUUAUAGUAGUUCUUAUUAUUGAUUGUUUUGUGUGAAGUAUACUACAAUAUUUAUUAUUAUUAUUUUUAACAUAAGUUUUAAAAAUUUUCCUUAUAAACAUAAUUUAUAAGUGAUUAAUUAUAUCUACUUAUAUUUAAAUGUUCUUAAAAUCAACUCUUAUAAUCUGUUUUACAAAAAGUAUGUUUAAUAUUUUAGUUCAAUAGUACAUGUUUUGAUUUUUAAUUUCAUAAAUACAUACUUAUAGUACAAAUACAUAUAGUAUGUAGCCAGGAAUUUCUAAAGGGGAGGGGGUGUUAUUAAAAAAUACUAAAUCUUUUUCAUUAUCUCUAUUAGUUAAACACUUAAGAGGAUGUGUUCCGUCAUAAAAAAUUAGCACUCUGCAGGAAUAAUUUUGUGCUAUUAGUUUUAAUAUUAAAAUAAAUUAACCUGAAAGUUUCAAUUCAUUUUCAGGUUCAUUAUCAAACUAAAAGGUAAGAACAUUAUCUAUACAAUAUUGUUAUUAUUUUUUUGACAUUUAAUUUUCAAACAAACAUUUUCUUUAAGAAUUAUUAAAUAAUUGAAUAAUGAAAUAACAAAGUUACUGUAGUAUUUCACAUAUAUACUCAUAUCGCGUUUGAAAAUUUAAAUAUAUCGAAAAAAUAGCGCCAACAUUGCCGAGAUAAUGUUCUUGUUUUUAUGUUUGAUUGUGAUAAUUAUUUUAUAAUAUUCUCUAAUAUUAAAAUAAACAGCACAAUAUUGUCCCUGCUGAAAACAAAUUUGCUAUGUCUUGCGUUUGUAAGAUAGAGACAAUACCUACAGAUCACGCAUGUCAAAGUGAAAUGGGUGUUGCUACACCCUCCCCCCCUCAUUACACUAUUGAAAUACAAUAUAAUUGUAGCCCCUGUUAUCACAUGGGAAAUGUGUUGUAAUAAUAAAAGUAUGUUACAUUAAACUUAUAAUUUUAUUACAGACAAACAGUAUUAUUCAUUAAAUACAAAAUGUUACAAUAUAAAAUAUUACUAAUAUUGGUAUUAUGUGUCUAAGAAAUAUAGAUUAAUUGUAUUUGUUUGUCUGUGUUAUACUAGUUUUUCUCAAAAAUAGUAAUUUACUUGAAAUAAGGUUCUUAAUAUUAUUACUUAAUUAAAAAUUAUUUUAAUUUUCAUAACUUACUAGGGUUUAGCAAAUGUAAUUUCCCUUGAUUGGUUACGUAUGUUCAGUAAUCGUGAAUUACAAGUUUUAAUAUCUGGUGCUGAAGUCCCAGUGGAUUUAGAAGAUUUAAAAAACCACACAAAUUAUGCUGGAGGAUAUUCAGCUGAUGACCCAUCCAUAGAUUUGUUCUGGACAGUUGUUAAUGAUUUUACUGAUGAACAGAAAACUAAACUCCUUAAAUUUGUUACAAGUUGUUCUCGUCCACCUCUUCUCGGUUUCAAGGUAAAUUUAUUAUAAACACAAUUCAUUUAUAAUAUUAAAAUUUAAUUUUGUUUCUAGGAAUUAUAUCCACCAUUUUGUAUUCAAAAAGUAAGUUCUUCUGAUCGGUUACCAACUGCAAGUACUUGUAUGAAUCUUUUAAAAAUGCCUGUGUUCAAAGACUACGAAACACUAAAAUCAAAGUUAUUAUAUGCGAUACAAUCUGGUGCAGGAUUUGAACUAAGUUAAUAUGAUAUUGUUCUAUUUUUCUAUUGUGGUAUGUACUUGAAAACACAGACGAUUUUUUUAAUCUAAUUAAUAAAUGUAUUAUUCAAAUUAUUUUUAUUUUUUAUUUUAAUAGUUGAUUUUCAUAUUGUAUUACAGUAGUUAACUAUAAAUAAUAAAGUAAUAGUUUUGAAUAAAAACUAAAUAAUAAUUUCUUUAAAUAAAUAAAUUGGCCAUUUAUUAAAUCAUUUUUAUAAAUUUGAUUAUAAAGGAUUAUAAAGGAUACCACUGACACAUCGGUUCCUAAACUGUGUGGUAUGCUUCCCAAGGGAGGCAUAACCACUUCAUUAUGGAAGUAGAAGCAGAGCAAAUAUUGUAUAUGAUAUAUUAUAUUACUUUUGUAAUCAAAAUAAUUUGUAGCAUGGCUGUGGUGGAACUUUUUUCAAUUUUAGUCAAAAUAAAGUAAAUGAAUUGUGAUUGAAUUUGUUUUUU